AUGGAAACCGUAGCUCAUGAGCUCAGUAAUGGAAACACCAUCACUGCUGCUGACGGAGAACAAACCGGCUCCGCCUUCAAGCUAGUUGGCUUCAACAACUUCCUCCGAACAAAUCCAAUGUCCGACAAAUUCUCAGUCAAAAGGUUCCACCACGUUGAAUUCUGGUGCUCCGACGCCACCAACACUGCCUGUCGUUUCUCUUGGGGCCUUGGCAUGCCCAUCGUUCAGAAGUCUGAUCUAUCUACCGGAAACACAACUCAUGCCUCCUACCUCCUCCGCUCCGGCCAACUCAACUUCCUCUUCACCGCUCCUUAUUCCCCUUCCACCACCACCACUGCCGCCUCCAUCCCGACGUUUUCCCAAACUGAUUGCCGCAACUUCACCGCCUGCCACGGCCUCGCAGUCCGCUCAAUCGCCAUCGAAGUCGAAGACGCCGAAAUCGCUUUCUCCAUCAGCGUCUCCCACGGCGCCAAACCCUCCUCUGCUCCAAUCACCCUUGGAGAUAACGACGUCGUAUUGUCUGAAGUAAAACUUUACGGUGACGUUGUUUUGCGUUACGUAAGCUACAAGAGUCCCAACUAUGAUGCCAUAUGUACUUUUUUGCCCGGGUUCAAACCCGUUGAAAAUACGUCGUCGCUUCCUGACCUUGACUACGGGAUUCGCGGCCUUGAUCACGCCGUAGGCAACGUCCCGGAACUCGCUCCGGCUAUAGAUUACGUGAAAUCAUUCACCGGAUUCCAUAAGUUCGCCGAAUUCACGGCGGAUGAUGUUGGUACGAACGAAAGCGGACUCAAUGCGGUCAAUUUAGCGUGCAAUAACGAGAUGGUUUUGAUCGCGAUGAAUGAGCCGGUGUACGGAACAAAGAGGAGGAGCCAGAUCCAGACGUAUCUGGAACACAACGAAGGCGCCGGAGUUCAGCAUUUGGCGCUUUCCAGUGAGGACAUAUUUGGGACCUUGAGAGAGAUGAGGAAGCGCAGCGGAGUUGGUGGUUUUGAAUUUAUGCCGUCGCCACCGCCUACUUAUUAUCGGAAUUUGAAGAAUAGAGUUGGAGAUGUAUUGACAGAUGAAGAGAUUAAGGAGUGUGAGGAGUUGGGAAUACUGGUGGAUAGAGAUGAUCAGGGGACUCUGCUUCAGAUCUUCACCAAGCCUGUGGGUGACAGGCCAACCAUAUUUAUAGAGAUAAUUCAGAGAGUUGGUUGUAUGUUGAAAGACGAUAAAGGAAAUAUACAGCAAAAAGCAGGGUGCGGGGGAUUUGGCAAGGGGAACUUCUCGGAGCUCUUCAAAUCUAUAGAGGAAUAUGAGAAGACACUUGAACCACCAUUGAACCAAUAG